GCGAGCGAGCAGCAGCAUCAGCAUCAGAUCGCGACUCAGACACACACACACACACACACACACACAGGCAGCACGCUGGUGCUGGUGGUCCCUGUCUCUGUGCGCGGUCUGUCCCCGUGUCCCCCCGUCUGUUCUCUCCGCCGAGCCAUGAAGCAGAUGCUGUUCGACCUGAUGAGGAUGAGCAGGAUUUGCCGGAUGGUCCUCGCCACAUGUUUGGGAUCUUUCAUCCUGGUCAUCUUCUAUUUCCAAAGUAUGUUUCAGCCAGUAAUGAGACGGAACCCGUUUGCAACAGAGGGCUGCUGUCGGAGAGGCUCGAGAAAUGCGCUGCAGGAGCUUUAUAACCCCACACAGGCGGAGUUCUCCAGAGCAGCUCUUCUCCAUCAGGCUCGGCGGGACCAGGUGGCCCAGACGUGUCGUGCCCACAGUGCCUCGAGCCGCAAGCGGCACGUCCUGACACCCGGCGACCUGAAACACUUGGUAGUGGAUGAAGAACAUGAGCUGAUCUACUGCUACGUCCCCAAGGUGGCUUGCACCAACUGGAAGAGGGUGAUGAUGGUCCUGAGCGGGCACGGCAAGUACAGCGAUCCCAUGCAGAUCCUGCCCAGUGAGGCCCACGUGCCCUCCAACCUUAAGACGCUCAACCAGUACAGCAUCGCCGACAUCAACUACCGCCUGAAGAAUUACAUCAAGUUCUUGUUUGUGCGCGAGCCCUUCGAGCGCCUGGUGUCUGCGUACCGGAACAAGUUCACCCUGCGCUACAACACGUCCUUUCACAAGCGCUAUGGCACCCGCAUAGUCCGGCGCUACCGCAAGAACGCCACGGCUGAAGCGCUCCAGAACGGCGGCGACGUCAAGUUCACGGAGUUCGCAGAGUACCUUGUGGAUCCGGCCACGAAACGUGAGGCGCCGCUGAACGAGCACUGGCAGACGGUGUACGCCCUGUGUCACCCCUGCGACAUCCACUACGACCUGGUGGGCAAGUACGAGACGCUGGAAGAGGACGCCGACUACGUGUUGAAGCUGGCCGGGGUGCCCGACUCGCUCCAUUUUCCGUCCUACGCCAAGUCGACUCGCACCACCGACCAGAUGGCGGCCAUGUUUUUCAACAACAUUAGCUCGCAGCAGCAGAGCCAGCUCUAUCAGCUUUACAAGAUGGACUUCCUGAUGUUUAACUACUCCUCUCCAAGUUACCUGAAGGAGCAGUAGGGAGGCUUGGUGCGUGACUCACGUGGCACAAACUGCUCUCUGCUCGAACAAACACUCGAAGCUAAACUCGACUUGAUACGAGGAGAAAUCAUUACUUGUGGAAAGCGGCGCAAAAAGACUUUAAACCAGAGGUCUGCUGUAUCGUGAAGCAGACGAGGAAUAUUAGUACUGUAUUUGGUCACCGCUUCACGUUUGAUGCGUAUUCAGGUAACCCUGGCGUCUGUGUUAAUACACACUACAUCCGAUUGUAAAAUAAAGAUCAUGUUACUGUUUAUAUUUCCUACCAUUAAUAAGCAAUAGGACUUGCGGCCUCAUUUACUGUACUGAGCAAAGAUCUGGAAAAAAAUGAUGAGCGAAAGACUCUCGUGGACUUCAACGAUGGAACCGAAACAUCACUUGAGAUACAACUGAACUUGUGGAAAGCUCAUUUUACUGUUAUUUAUGGUCGACCCCCUUAACCACAGCCAUCUCCUGUGUGAGGACCGUGUGACUGUGUGUGUGUGUGUGUGUGUGUGUGUGUGUGUGUGUGUGUACAGUAAUUAUAUGAUGCAUAUGUAAAAGACAGGCUCUGUGCACACACAGGAAGAUGUGAACACACUAUGUGGGCGUGUCCUGCUGUUCAGUCAUGCGGUCAAACGUCAGAGGUCGGCAAGAGGGCGUUCUCCGAAGAACUUUCAUCCAUCUUAUAAAAAAAAAAAAAAUGAAGAGAAUAUUCGCUUGGUUUUUAUUGACUUGUGAAAGGCAGCUGCGAGCGGCUAAACAAAACGUAAUUUAAAAUCCUUUGUAAGAAAAAAAAAAAAAAUGAGAAGACAAUUUUAAUUUUCUCCGAGAGACGGAUUUAUAAAGAGCAGUAUUGAUUUUUAAUGUGUUAUUUUUUUUGUUUGUUUGUUUUGGAGUGGAUUUUUUUUGUUUUUUCUCUCUAAGGAAAACAAAGUGACUGCUUUCUGUGCUGUUCUCAUAGGAACGAUUUAUUCAGACGGACUGAACGAGGGAUGAGGGAAAGUGCUAGCCGGUAUCUGUUUCCUGCAUUAAACCCGUGUUUGUUCCGUCUUUAUCCCGAAUUCAAAGGAACACAUGCUUUUAUUUGGAGCCGUGUCUUUUUAUGGCCUCGUGUUGUUAUGACUGUAAAUUAGAACGAGUCUGAAGAUGAUGAAAUCACCUAUUUAUGUGUCUGACAGCCACAGACGGGUGUGUCUGUCUCCACUGUCUGUGUCUGCACAGUGAAGAAAAAAAAAACCUUCACUGGUCAAGGUGUCUCAGUCUAACGCCAGCUCUCUCUUUCAUCCGGAUGAGCGGACAGAUUAGUGCGCCUGGAUAAAUAAAUGCCUCUUAGGGUUUGUUAUUUCGAACAAAUUCAUAGCCGUCUAGUGAGAAAAACAUGGCAAAGAGGAAGAGAAACAUCUGUGUUCUGCCUCUCCACUUCAAAAUGUCAUUGCUAUACAGAAUUCAAUCAACCAGGAACUACACUAUAUGGCCAAAAGUUUGUGGACACCUGACCAUAUAAAUUGUAUGUUCUUCUUUAUGAACAUCCCAUUCCACAUUUCAUCCCUGUUUCCUCUUAGAAUAACCUGCACUCUUCUGGGAAGAUGUUUCACUGUUAAUAAAGUCAGGUACUGAUGAAGGUGAGGACGUGAGGAGGCCUGGGGUGCAGUCAGCUUACACACUCAUCAUCUUCAAUAGGGUUGGAGCUCAGGAGAUCUUUCAUAUAUUCCAAACCAUGUAAAGCAGAUCUUCAUGGAGCUGGCUUUGUGCACGUCAUGCUGGAACAGAUUAGGUCUCCUGGUUCAAGUUUCAUGCAAAUUCCGAGGCUGAUAAAGUAGGGUGUCCCAAUACUUUUGGCCACACAAUAUGUCACAUCAAAGCCUACGGUCCUCACCAAUUAUUACACCUAAGAAGUGUGUGCUUGUGUAAGGAAGUCAUCAACAACAGGGCUGUGAUGUUUCACAGCACACCAGAAUUUGUUUCUCUUCAUUGCAAUUUUUCUUUAUUUUCAAUUACAUUGAAUGUCGGCGAAAAAUAAAUAAAUAAAUAAAAAGUUCGAUCCCGAUCUCGCUUUUCUCCUGUCGUGAUGUUGCUGAAAACGGAAAACCGUCUUGUAACGUUACCUCACGUUACAGGAAACAGUCAGAUCUGCUGUUGCAGGCUUAUAGAAACCUUCUGACCAAAAUGCUGAGGUAAAAUAUUUCAUUACGUUCCUUUUUUCUUUCUGAAUCAAUGUCCUUGAAGCAUUGUUAGCCAAAUCCGUUCAGAAAAUGAUGACCAAAUCGAACAAACGAUAGAAAAAACAUGCGAUAUUGAGUGAAGGCUACAGAGAUAUGAGCUAACGGCUUAAUGAAUGGGAAUGAGUGCUGGGUGUCAUGGAAUCAUGAGUUUUAUAUAUAUAUAUAUAUAUAUAUAUAUAUAUAUAUAUAUAUAUAUAUAUAUAUAUAUAUAUAUGAACAUUAUGAGAGAAUUGUUCCGUUUUAGAGAUAUGGAUGGUUGUAAAUACUGGAACGGAGAUUCUUAUUUACAAUAAGUAUUUAACAACAACAAAACUAAAAACCUCAUUCAUAUCUGAGGUCGUUGAUCGAAUUGAAUCUCGACAUAAUUUUCAUUCGUCCUCAUUUUAUGUGGACUUUUUUUGUUUUUUUCCGUCCCGGAUUUACCCGAACCGCGAUUUCGUGAGGUAACGUACUUCGCUACGCCUUGCGUUUUGCUAAUGCUAACGGUUCACUGUCGCGCGGUUAAUAAGAGCAGUUGGAAAUCCGAGAAAAGAACGAAUCUGUACGGUUCUUCAGAUGCUUUUGUAUUUAAAUGGUUUCUUUUUCUCUUUAAGUUCAGUCAGUAUGUUCAUUUUUGCAUCCACACACACAUACACACACACACACUCGCUCGCUCGCUCACUCCGAGUGCCUUCAUCCAAGUAAACUCGUACACUUUUCUGGGAAUUUUGCUCUGCAGGAAGUCCUGAUCUACAAUCAGUUCUUAUAUGUAAUGACUAUAAUUAGAUGGACCACUGAUUGGAGAUCAGCACAGAAAUGCUUAGACACUACAUCUGAUUUUCCUUCUUUUCUUUUUUUUUUUUUGGGUUCCACACUAUGAUUGCUACUGGAUGCCUUUCAGGAUGACAUUAGCCUAAUGUGUGUGUGUGUGUGUGUGUGUGUGUGUGUGUGUGUGUGUGUACACAUUUUCACACCGACUAACUCAUUUGAGCUCAAUCGUCCCACGUUCUCACACCAGACACUAUUUUAUUUACGUGUCCACGUCCACCCUCAUCAUUGGGGAAGGAGCUUCCAGACGGAUCAGGACAUAUUUAAAGGUGUACAGGACUCUCGGAGAAGACUGUCUCCAGCACAACAUGCUUCAUGAAUCACACUGUCUCUCGUUUUUUUUUUCUCUGUUUUCUCAAUAAAGAUUCAAAUUGAAUGAAA